AUGCAAGCAUCCAAGCUGAGAUGGAUUGCACUAAAUCAAGACAAGAUACGUGCUGAUUUGUACAAGAGUUUAGAGGAUUCUUUAAGUCCUGGAGAGCAUAACACAGAGAAGGUUGGUCGAAGGACGAUACCACCGUCUUCUUUCGUAGGAAGCCCACGAGAUAUGCACCAGAGGUACCAAGAUGUCAUAGCCUUGGUACAGAAGUUUGAGUUAAAAAAAGAUGUUCUAGAAAGGGGAAUCCUUGCAAAAGUGGUUGCUUAUGUAUAUGUAGUUGAAUUCCAAAAGAGGGGUAUUCCGCAUGUUCAUAUGUUGUUGAUCCUCAAACAAACUGACAAGCUAACCACUCCGGAUGACUACGAUAUUAUUGUCAGAGCAGAAAUUCCAGAUGAACGACGAGAACCAGAGUUGUACAAAAAAGUUCUUAAACACAUGAUUCAGGGUCCAUGUGGUGUUCACAACAGGGAUUGUCCGUGCAUGAAACAAGGGAGUUGUAAGAAAGGAUUCCCAAAGUCAUUUACUAAUGCAACAAUACAGCAGGGAAAUGACUCAUAUCCUCUAUAUUGUCGUCGACAAGAUCGUCCACCUGUACCAUUGCGUGAAAAUUCUCGAAUAGAAGUAAACAACCGAUAG